AUGACAGCAACAAACAGCAACAGCAACUUUAUCGUUUCUGAUGAAAAAGUUAUUGAUUCAUUAGUUGUGGAAUUAGUUGUGGCAGAAACUAAAACCCUCAACGAAAGAAUUGGUGAAAACAUGAUUGAUUUACAUAACUACCUCAAACAUGAUGGAGGAAGAGGAAGGAAAACUGGUACAGCUUUAUUAGUAAAUAAAAUUUCAAAUUUAACGAUUAUAGAUGUUGAUAUCAAUAAAUCGUACAAUGAUGAACUUAAAGAAACAGUUAGAAAAGACAUUUUAUCAAAACUUUCGGAUAAAGAUGUUAUCGUUAAAACCGCAUCAGGAGGUCUUCACAUUUAUUGCAACACUAAUUUCUUCUAUGCAGUUUCGAACAGAAUGAUUAAAUGUUAUUCCUGCAAUGAUUAUGAUAUUGACAUAAUGACUUCUAUGGAUGAUUCAAAACGUUCUUUAGUGGUUAUGGCUGAUUCAAGAGUUCGAAAGAAUGCAACAGAACCAAUCAAUACAUACUCAUUCAUUCGUGGAAGUUAUGAUUCAACAUUAACUAGAACAGUGAAUGAUAUAUUAAAUGAUUUGAAUAUUAAGGUAAGAGUUGAACAGAAGAGCGAAGAAAUAAAGAGUAUAAUGAAUGAAAACAAAGAUGUAAACAUUGACGAUAAACUAGCUCAGAGCAUAGUUGAUGGCAUCUGUGAUUUUGAAGUACAUAAUGAUGGUGGAAACAUGAAUUUAGAAAAAGAAAUAACAUUAUUCACACUGUUUCAAGCAAUUAAUUCGUUACCUAAUCAUUUAAUUAAUGAAGCAUACGAUAACGUUUAUAACUUCUGCAGUUUAACAGAAAAUGCAAAAAGUAAUUUUGAAAAAGCACGUAGUAGAUAUGCACAUUUAAUGACUUCUCCAUUUGUUUUGGUGAAGAUUCUAAAACUUUAUCAAAAGGAAUAUUAUGAUGAAUAUGUUUUACCUUUAUUACGUAAGCCAAAAAUAACAUUUGAUAUCAAACUUGAUGACUCGUUUUUGAUAACAGAUAUUAGACGCAAGGCUGAAAAUCAUCAGUAUAAAAACAGUUCUGAAGUAAUUGAGGAUUUAUCAUGUGUAAUUCGUUUUGUAGAUUGUGGAAAUAAAUAUUUCAUUCAAAAGGACUAUAAUAUCCACGACAAAAUGAAUCAAAUAUCAUUUGUUCUUCAGUCAAAUAUGAAAGAGUCACUCAAAAUGAUUAAAUUAUUUAAAGAAGAAGGUAAAACCAUAACAGCAUGGGAUGUACUAUUAAAUCAAUUGUCUUCAUUAACCGUUAAGGGUGUUUGCUUUAAAUCUGAUUCCCCAGAUGUUUUCUCAACGUUUCAGGGUUAUAAAUACAACAUUCUCGAAAAACCAGAUUACUCAAAAAUUGAGAUGUUUAUGAAUUUCAUUAAAGAAGCCAUUUGUGAUAAUAACGAUGAAGUGUAUAAAUACCUACUCGGCUGGAUUGCAUCAAUGAUUCAACAUCCUGGAAUCAAGAAUGAAACAGCAAUUAUUUUGAAAGGACUUCAGGGAACAGGUAAAAACAGAUUUACAGACAUUAUUUCUGAACUUCUCGCCGGUUAUUCAUGUAAAAACAUUACUGAAAUAAGUGAGCUAACGGGUAAUUUCAAUUCAGUAGUUGAGAAUAAAAUGUUUCUUGUACUUAAUGAACUCAAGAAUGUAGGUGAAGACAGACUCGCAAACUUCAACGCUUUGAAAUCAAUUAUUACGGAUAAUGAGAUUAGAAUUAAUGAAAAGAAUCAACCC